GCGGGGGCCGGGGCGGGUGCGCCGCGGCUCGGUGCGGCGGCACAAUGCUGCGCUCGCUCGGCUCCUUGCUGUGCCUGUGGGCGCUGCGGCUGCCGGUGCCACCAGAGGGCACGGCCGCGGCCGCCCGCGGGCUGGACGUCGCUUCGUACCGGGAGCGGGUGCGAGCCAUGUUCUACCACGCCUACGAGCACUACCUGGAGAGCGCCUUUCCCUACGAUGAGCUGCGGCCGCUGACGUGCGAUGGGCAGGACACCUGGGGCAGCUUCUCCCUCACGCUGAUCGACGCCCUGGACACCUUGCUGAUCUUGGGAAACGUCUCUGAGUUUCAGCGAGUGGUCACCGUGCUGCAGGAGGGGGUGGACUUCGAUAUCGAUGUCAACGCCUCUGUCUUCGAGACCAACAUUCGAGUGGUGGGUGGUCUCCUCUCUGCACACUUGCUGUCAAAGAAGGCUGGUGUGGAAGUGGAAGCAGGCUGGCCGUGCUCUGGACCUCUCCUGAGGAUGGCAGAGGAAGCAGCUCGCAAACUCCUGCCAGCUUUUCAGACCCCAACUGGGAUGCCAUAUGGAACAGUGAACUUGCUGCAUGGAGUAAACCCUGGGGAGACACCAGUUACCUGUACUGCUGGAAUUGGUACAUUUAUAGUGGAGUUUGCCACUUUAAGCCACCUUACUGGUGACCCAGUGUUUGAGGAUGUUGCCAGGAAAGCUUUGAAGGCUCUGUGGAAAAAUCGCUCAGACAUUGGGCUGGUUGGUAACCACAUCGAUGUGCUGACUGCCAAGUGGGUGGCCCAAGAUGCUGGCAUUGGGGCAGGAGUGGAUUCCUACUUUGAGUACCUUGUUAAAGGAGCCAUUCUGCUGCAGGAUGAGGAGCUGAUGUCCAUGUUUCUAGAGUAUAACAAAGCUAUCAAAAACUACACCAAGUUUGACGACUGGUACCUCUGGGUUCAGAUGUACAAAGGAACAGUGUCCAUGCCUGUCUUUCAGUCCCUGGAGGCCUACUGGCCAGGCCUACAGAGCCUGAUUGGAGACAUAGAUAAUGCCAUGAGAACCUUCCUCAACUAUUACACUGUCUGGAAACAGUUUGGUGGGCUGCCAGAGUUCUACAACAUCCCCCAGGGCUAUACAGUGGACAAGAGGGAAGGAUAUCCACUCAGGCCUGAGCUGAUUGAGAGCGCAAUGUAUCUGUACCGAGCUACCAGAGACCCCACACUCCUAGAACUGGGAAGAGAUGCAGUGGAGUCAAUAGAGAAAAUCAGCAAGGUGGACUGUGGAUUUGCAACUAUCAAAGACUUGAGAGAUCACAGGCUGGAUAAUCGCAUGGAAUCCUUCUUUCUGGCUGAGACAGUCAAAUACCUGUACCUGCUGUUUGACCCAGACAACUUCAUUCACAAUGAUGGGUCGGUCUUUGACGUGGUGAUUACACCAUAUGGGGAGUGUGUCUUGAAUGCUGGAGGAUAUGUCUUCAACACUGAAGCUCAUCCUAUAGACCCUGCUGCGCUGCACUGCUGUAGGAAGCGUAAGGAAGAGCAGUGGGAGGUGGAAGACUUGAUGAGGGAGUUUUACUCCCUGAAGAAAACCAAGAAAUUCACUUUAAAUAGGCCUUCCAACCAUGGGGAAGGGGAAAGUGCAAAAGCCCCUGAAUAUGCCUCAUCAGAGAAAGGUGGAGAGAAGAGAAACUCCAAGAAGAGCUCACACUCCCUCCUCAGUUGCCCCAGUCAGUCUUUUAACUCUAAACUUGCAGUACUGGGACAAGUCUUCCUAGAUAACAGCUGAUUUCACUUCCAUCAUCAGUUUAAAUUAUUGAACUUGUUUCAGACUCUGGAAAUGUGUUUUUCUAGUUUCAAAAUGGAAAGUGUUGUACCUCACAAUGUGAACUGUGUUACAAAGUGAAACAGCUUCCCAUUAAAUUCUGCUACUGCUCUUUCAGGAUUGUGGUUCAGAAAUCAGCUGUCAGUGCUGUCAGGUUGCUUAUCUCAAACCAAGGGGUUGCCUGAAAACCAAACAGGUAUUCAGAUGGAGAAGUCCACAGGUUAGAGGUACCUUCCUUAUUUCAUCAUGAGUGGUUUGAGCUUUUGCACACUUACACAGAGUCCACAGCUUACUUGGUUCCAUAAAAAUGAGCCUCACCAGUUCCCCGGCUUGAGGGGAGAAGCAGAUGAAGUGUAGUUUCAGUUCUGGGCCUGCAGUAUGCUUCCACCAUUCCUCUUUGGUCUAUAUGAAUGUAGAAUUUCCCCAAGAGAUGAUGUCCAGUCAAGACAAUAUGUUCGUUUUGAGGUGGAGGCUCAGGUUUGUAGCAUGUCUGUGGAGCAUGCAGUAUGGCAUGGGGGAGGAGAGCAGUGGCUACGCAGGGAAGUGUUCCUUGGUGUCUAGGAGCUGUGUGGGCAAGUACCUGAAACCACUUCAGUAAGCAUCCAGCUAAUGGCAUCUAGGAGUGAGACCUAGCAAAAGUUUUGUUGCCCCUGCAGUGGAGCUGGCUUGCUUCUUGCAGAGUCUAACAUGCUUUUCCCUGUUUGCUUCCUCUUUUAAGCUUCCCUUUGAGCCUCACUUGCCUAACUCCACAUCAGCCACCUCAGGGUGGACCAACCGAGCUGUCUGUGUAGCACGUUGAAGGGUGGGAUGGAAGGAGACUUGAUUCUGACUGAAAAACAACCCUCCCUUGGUGCAGGAGACUGCAGCAGGCAGUGAGAGAACUCUCUGAGACUGAUGGAAACCAAACUGCACUUCUGUCUUUUUCUUCACAGGUGAAAGUGUGAAAUGUGUUCAUGCUCAGCUGAUGUGCAUAUCUAAACCUUUCAAUGUGUCACAAGUGUCUUUGACAGGUGCAUGCACUGAUCAGAAAGGGAAAUCAGUAGUGUUACGAAGAGGUUUUUCUUUCUAAAGGAAUAAAAGAAAAAGCAGGGCAGAAAA